AAACUCAACUCUGUUUUUGCAUGUCAUGUAAAACAUAUGGUCAUCUGCAUCCCAAUGACCUCUCCUCUCGUCCCCUUCAGCCAUGCACCUGAAGCCCCAUCCUAUACUCCAGAAGAGUGAGCUGCGACUAGAGACCUGUCAGGACAUCCAGAGGACCGGUCUUCACCACCAGGGGGCGAUGAAGACCGAGUGGGGUCUCCUCCCGUCCUGCCCCCGCUCAGGCUCCACCAAUCCCAGCCCGGCCUCUGGGGGGCGCAGCCCUCUCACUUUCAUCUCCACCAAUCACAACGUCAGCAACAACGGUGGCCCCGCCUCCAGACUGAGCAGUACCUGGGCCCGUAGGAGCAAGUCCUCCCCUUCCUCGACCUCCUCCUCCCAGAGCCCCGUCACCUUCACCUCCUCCCUGCUGCUGCUCACCUCUGGCCUGGACCACGAGGCCUCAUUCAGCCUGUACCAGGCCCAGUACCAGGCCCAGGAGGGGGAGGGGCCUCUGGACAUCUGGGCCGUCAUCAAGCCCGGCAACACCAAGGAGAAGAUCGCCAUCUUCGCUUCGCAGCAGUGUGGCGGCAGAGAUGACGGAGGCGAGCGAGACGGCAGUGAGGGCAGCGGGGGGGAGGAGGAGGGAGGGGGUAGUGGGGGGGAAGGGGGAGAGGUGGCACAAGAGGCGCCGGACUGUGGGUUGGGUCCCGGUGGGCUGGCGGUGCGGACUGUGUCCAUAAAGGUGAAGGGCUGCUGGGAAAGCGAGUGCUCGGUGGCCAAGCGGCGCCGGAGGUCCACUCACCACCAGGCCGUCCUCCGGGAGGGAGCCAGGCUGCUGGUUCCCCACACCCAGGGCUCCUGGGACAGCAGCCCAGCCCGGGAGCCCCUCAGCCAGCCUCCUCUGCUGCCAGAGAGGGGGGUGUCUGUGGAGGAGCUGGACUGCCAGGUGAAGGAGUGUGAGACGGAGGAGGAGAGCGGGAAAACUCUGUCCGUGGUGGAGAUGGUGGCCUUUCUCGAGCAGAGAGCCAGCGACCAGCUUGUGGACUCUAAGCCCGUGUCUUUACGCAGCUCCACCACCAUCACCUUAUCCAAGGUCCCCCCCACCUCCCUGGCCUCCGAGCUGCUGCCCAGAGACAACCCAGACGAGGAGGGGGAGAGCGUGCGCGUGUCCGACAUGGUGGCCAAGCUGGAGUCUGAGUGCCUGAAGCGAAAGAGCACGAGUGGGGACGUAGCGGGGGAGCUCUCCCGAAACAACAGCCUAAGGAGGAACGUAGGACGGGUGCUGCUAGCUGGGGCGGACGCAUGCGCUGCCUCUACCCAGCCUCCAACCACGCCCACCCAGCCCCAGGAUCACACUGCCCCCAGCCCCCCAGAGAGCCCUGCGGGCCUCACGGUCAAACCCAGCAGCCGGUCUGAACCCCAGGUGUCUCUAGUCUCGGUCCUACUGUCUCCCAGUGUGGACCCAAACUGUGGAGUCUCCAUCCAGGCCAGAAAACCUGAAGAUCCCAGCCUGGGGUCUGGAGGUCUGGAGGUUCUGACAGAGGGUGGGAGUGGAGAUCAGUCUGUGUUACCUCAGGCCCAGGCAAGCACAGACCCCACCAAGCAGAGAAAAGACGAGCCCCUACCUGGCAUGCUGUUCUUCUCUAAGAAACACUCUUCCACACACUCCACCCAGCCCCACACACACACACUCCCGGACACAGUGCCCCUCCUGAAGCGUGCCACAGACCCCGAGCACUCAGAGACUCUGACCUCGGCCCCUGCUUCCCUCCCUCUCCCCACGCCCCUCUCCGCCUCUCACCAGGAGGAGGAGGAGGAGGAGGGACAGGGACAGGGGGAGGAAGAAGGCUCGGGAGAGGAGGAGGGCAGGGCCGCUCACGAGGCCGUGCCUUUCCCCCUGCGUCGCAUGGUGUCUCACGAGUUCCUGGAGGUGAGGUUUAAGAUCCAGCUGCUCCUGGAGCCACAGCAGUACCUGGCCUUCCUGCCGCACCACGUCCUGCUCAAGAUCUUCUCCCUGCUGCCCACUCAGGCCCUGGCCGCCCUCAAGUGCUCCUGCCACUACUUCAAGUUCGUCAUUGAGAGCUACGGCGUGCGCCCCGCCGACUCCCGCUGGGUGUGCGACCCCCGCUACAAGGACGACCCCUGUAAGCAGUGCAAGAGGCGCUACGGCCGCGGGGACGUGUCCCUUUGCCGCUGGCACCAUAAGCCCUACUGCCAGGCUAUGCCCUACGGGCCGGGCUACUGGAUGUGUUGCCACGGCUCCCACAAAGACACGCCCGGGUGCAACGUGGGUCUCCAUGACAACCGUUGGGUGCCGGCCUUCCACAGUAUAAACAUGCCAAUCUAUAAGAGGGUCAGGGACUCUGAGGAAGAGGCCUAAGGGACGUCGGGGCUGACUGACCCUUCUGUGUGCUUUGUUUCUGCCUUGGAAGGCUUGAUCAAUAUGAGUGCGUUUGCCGGAGUGUGUGUGUGUGUGCGCAAGUGGAUGUGUGUAUUUGGGUGGCCUGUUAUAAAUUGCCAUAUAUGUGCAUGUGCAUUUACUAGUGGGAGUCUUGUCUUGAGUGCAACCAGGUUUCCUGUACUGAUGAUGAGGAUGAUGAUGAGGAAUCGCUGGAUCUGUUCUAAAUAUCCCUCACCCCACCCCCUAACCUGACCCAGCCCUGCCCUGCCCUUCCCUUCCCCACAUCUCUAGCCCUCAGGUCCUCUGAGAUUGUCAGCACUUUAACCCAUUCAAGAAUUCUCCAGCCUCAGAAGAUUUCUGUCAGGGUAUCUUUAUUAUCUUGCUUCACUUUCUUUUUUUUUACGGGGAUUUAAUUCUGAUUGCUACAGCUGUAUGGAGGAGUUGUAGGAAGGUUUCUCCUCCAGCUCCAGACGCUUGGGACCUCUGCCUCAUGAGGCAGUCAGUAUGGCUGCUGCACGCAGAGAUCAUAACCUCUGGAGGCAGGUCUGCCGGCUGGGUGCUGUCUACCCAGAGACCCAGGCACUUGUGUGAGUUACUGUGUGUCUGUGGUGCUGGAGAUGGCAGCAUCUGGUGCCCUGGUCCAGCCAUAAUGUCAAUGAGCUACCACACAUCCCACCUUCCUCUGUUGGGACACCUAGGUGAGGCUGAUGUAGGAUCGCUCGGUCCUGCUAACACCCAAAUCUCUUCAUGUUUUGAACAAACUGCAAAACAGACUGAAGAUCCAAGGAGGUUCUCCACACUAGUCUGCCAGCAAGACGAUUCCGUAUCAGAACGUCAAUGUUGAUCAGUUUUGUGGUUGGCACGGUGGGACGGCAAGCUUUGGAGACCUCC